AUGGCGGCGCUCCGGCACGCGGCGAAGAGGCUCUGCGAGCGUGCGCUCCAGCAGCGAGGAGCGCUGGUGAGGCCUUCGGUCGUGGCGGAGGGACCUCGGCGGCUCUUGCUAAACGGCGCUUCCCCUGCCCGCCGGCCCAUGUCCACCUCCUCCAUCAGUGGCAAGCCGACAUCUAGUGCAGCGCCUCACGGCGAGCUGGAAUUGCUGGAAAUGCGAUUCAAUAAGAAGAAAGAAGAGAUGUAUGAUUUGCUUGUAGCGGUGAAAAGCUCUGAACUUUACCCAGAGUUGUCCUGGGAAGACAUCCAAACUCAUCGGCUCAUCACUCACCUUGCUGCUCAAGUGAAGCCUAGGCCUCAUGACCCAAUUUGGCGCAGGUUUCGACAACUAAGAAGACUCAACGAUUUUAACACUAUAUGUCUUCCUCUGGGAUAUUUUGGUCUGCUCGCCUACUGCGUGGCAACUAACAUGAAAGAAGAUGGCGCUACAAGCAAGAAUAGUGAAGCCAAUUUCGUCUCCGAGCCAAAGAACGAUAUGAACUAG